CUCCCCGCCACUAAAAGGAGGACUGCCUCAGUUGUGUUAAAAAAGGCAAACAUGCCUGCCACAUCUUCAGUACUGAUUAAUGACGGAGACACUCCCAGACACAUACUCAUAAACAUCCUGCGGACAGAGCCGGUGAAAUCCCCCGUGGUUCAUGAGACAGAAACAUCUGAAGAGCCGGAGCCACCUUCAGCCAAUUCGACCAUCUCCAAAACGCAUCACAGUAUGGAGCUGUCAGGGCUGGACCUGCCUGAUGUAACAGUUGGCCCAGCAGCCAGCACUGCAAAGGGACUGAGCCGAAAGAGACCGCGCAGGAGUUUUAACACAACGGCUUUUGAAAAACGACUUAAAGAUGGAGAUGAAGCUGAAGAGGAAACUGAACUAUCAAUAGAUGACAAUUCAUCACUGUCUGUGUUGAGCUCUGCUUCCUUGAAUUUAAAAACUCCGUUUGUUGACGCUAAGACUGAGAAAAGAGGUCUGCAGAGAAAAGUUUCAAAUCGUCGGAAAAUCUCAGAGGAAGAAUUUGGUGCUGCUGUAGAUAAACGACGGAUGGGAGGUAUGAGCAGCUUUGGACCUGUGGAGCAGGGGCUUGGUGAAUCUACUCACUCUGAGGGCUUCACCUUAGGUCUAAGCAAACUCAGCGAACCAGAUAUCACAGCCGAUAUUGUGAACUGUAACACGGCUCUCUACGCCCAGGCUGAUGCCAUGACCUCCAACUUUUCUAUCAUUGCUACUCAGGACAAACCUACAGUCGGUGUUGAAGCAGGGUCACAGGCUGAAGAGGAAGCUGAAGCAGAUUCUAAAACUGAAGAGGAGGAGGAAGAAGAUGAGGAAGAUGUAGUUGACUCUAACACUGAUGGAGGUACAGCCGACUCGCAGAUCGAAAAGGGUGAUGACGCAGGUUCUCAGUCUGAAGACGAGAAUGUGGCUGAGGAUCAGACUGAAGAAGAGGAAGAAGACAAGAGAGGCGUAGAAGAAUCUCAAACUGGUUCCCAGUCCGAAGAGGGAGCUGAAGCAUCUACUCAGUCUGAGGAAGAGGACGUUACUGAUGAAGUUGUAGCAGCCCUGCCUGAAGAGGAUGUUAGUGGUCAAUCUGAGAGAAAUGAGCACGUGACCAAGUCUGAGAACGAAAAUGACUUUGAGAUCUUCAGCGGUGAAAAUGAAGAGGAGGCAUCAGCUCAGCUGAAACAUGACUCAGAACACAUCAGCCGGAGGGCUUAUCGCUCUGAGGGCGGUCUCAUUGUGCCGGUUACAGAGGCAGCAGAGGAUUUCCCUAAUGCUACGUUUGCAGGAUGGCCUGAUGCCAAAUUCAAAGGACAUGGCACUCUGGAUUUGCGCACCAGCUUUGAGAUGGGAAGCCAUGAGAAUGGUCAGACUCACACCGGAGACCCUGAUGUGGCCGAAUCCUCAACCCAAGGACAGGCAGAGGCCACUGGGACAACGAAUGAGCCUGAGGCUGACAAAGAGAACUCAUUUCCUCUGUCAGAGGGAACGUAUGACAUUGAAGAUGGUAGGAGUGAAACUGUGCCUGAUGAAGCUCCAGCUGAGGAUGCUGCUGAACCAGAAGAAGAAAUGGAAGAAGAAGAAGAAGAUUAUGAUGAUGAAGAGGAUGAAGCUUCAGACUUCCCCUGCAAGACUCCAGCGUUUGUCAGACAGAAAAUUAAUUUUAAUCGUCCUGAUCCUUUAGCAUCACCUUCUGUUCUAAAGAACAAUCAGGCCAGUACCAGCGGUACAAGAGAACCUUUACCUGCAGCUAAACCUAAGCAGAGGAGAGUGAGGAAGACGAGGAUCUCUAAAAAGGAAACUAUCCUUCCUAAGAGCUACCUUAUGGGCGUCUUUAAGCAAUUUGCCAAAACAAAAGUCUCUGCAGACGUCCACCCUGUCCUAAAUGAAAUAAUGGAUAAAUUCUUUGACCGGCUAGCUGAGGACCUGGAGACGUAUGCUGCCCAUGCAAAGAGAAAAACCAUAGAGGUCGAGGACGUUGAACUUCUGCUGAAAAGGCAGGGUUAUGUGAAUGACAAGGUGCCAGUGGAAGUGCUUAUUGAAAAAUAUCUUCGCAUGGACCAGCGAAGGCUUCUAAUCCCCAUCGCAACCAGUGGAAAUGUUGUUAUCCCUGCAAAGCGGAGGUGAAUCUUUCAUCUCCUGGACUGCUACUUGUUUUUCUGUACACUGCGUUCAAACAAUGCCUUUAUUCAUUGGAGCAUAAAAGCUUCUGUAAAUGUGUAAAUUACAUGCAUGUAUCUUUAUUUUACUGCGAGUCUCUGGAUAACUGUACUUUGUUGCUGUUAGGUAUGUUUUCAUGGGUGCAAAUAUGCGUGCCAACUGUAUUCUCUACAAUAUGAAACAAAGCAGUGUCUAAACUUAUAAUAAUAAUAAAGGAAGCUGAAAUAAAGUUUCACAUAUCUGUGCUUCACACAUGUAUUAUUAAGGAAAUACUCAGACAGAAAUAUCUUAUGUUUGUGGAUCGUGAGGGGCAUUUGAAUUAUUUGUUUUUCCUUGAUAAAUUAGGAUUUCAGCCCAUCAUGCUGUGCUUUGUGCUGCUUAUUAAGAAAGUUAUGCAGAUAUACACUGCUUUUAUAAGGCUCAGAAAGACUAGAUGGCCUAAAAAUUGUGUUUUUAUGAGAGUACUUGAAAAAUGGAGAGAAUGUGAGGACAGCACCGCCUGGUCCAGAGUGAUUCAGCCUUGCUCACUAAAUGAGGCAAUCGAUAUAUUUCAUCACAAAUGACUGGUUUAAAAAGGAGGACAUAAUAAGCAAGAAACAUGCUGUAGUGGUAGACUUCCUCUGCUGCUAAUAAUGUUUUCCAUAAAAGCUUAAGCUUUUGUUAUAUAUACACACUCAAACAGGCGCUAAUAACAUGUGAUGCUUCUUAAUUCAUUUUUACAUUGAACAGCUGAUGUCUAUUUAUCUCUGCUUGAGAUUACAGGGCUAUUUACUAUUCUUUUUAAAAUGGGCUCAAUUAGUUUUGUUUGGAUACAUUAUGUACAUGUGAAUGUCAUGGUGAUUUGGGGCUUUUAAUGGGUUUUUUAAACUUGUUUUUCCAGGGUGGAAUGAUUGUACAGCAUACAUGUUUAAAGACUUUAAGUGGAUACAAGUGGGCAGCAUGGUCGUAUGGGGUUUAGCA